CUCCAUCAUCGUAGUGAGGAGAGCAGUUUGUAGCUCAGGUAGACGACAGGACAGAACCCUCACACACACAGCACCCGUGCACCCCGUCCGUCCGUCCUUCAGGGUCCUGUCAGAGUGGGGGGGGAGACUUGGCAGUAGGGUUGACUCGGUACCCCCUUGUGUCGUUGUUCCCCCUGCCUGGAGAGCCAGCAUCCCACGGUGGAGGUCCUCCCGGGGAAUGCAGCCGCGGCCCCGCCGGCCCAGCCAGAGACAAAAGCCGCCAUGGGAGAAUCUCAGAAGGGCCUGCUCUCCGUCAUCCAGAAGCUCAAGGGCUCCACCGAGACGGAGCUCAGGAUAGUUCUGCUGGGACUCGACAACGCAGGGAAGACCACUUUACUGAAGAGCCUGGCCUCCGAGGACGUCAACACCAUCACCCCCACACAGGGCUUCAACAUUAAGAGCGUGGCCUCGCAUGGCAUGAAGCUGAACGUGUGGGACAUCGGAGGACAGAGAAAGAUCAGACCCUUCUGGAAGAAGUACCUGGACAACACCGACCUGCUGAUCUACGUGAUAGACAGUGCAGAUAAGAAGCGUUUCGAGGAGACAGGGCUGGAGCUCUCUGAGUUGACCGAGGAAGAGAACCUCAAGGGGGUCCCAGUGCUGGUCUUUGCCAAUAAGCAGGACCUGGCCACCGCCUCCCCGGCAAGUGAGAUCGCCGAGGGGCUCAACCUGCACACGUACCGCGACCGCGAGUGGCAGAUCCAGGCGUGCUCCGCCGUGUCCGGGGAGGGCGUUCAGGAUGGCAUGAACUGGAUUUGCAACAACAUUGUGAAUCAGAAGAAGAAGUGACCCUUCACCCUUCAGCCCUUCAGCCCUUCACCCUUCAGACCCUUCAGACCCUUCAGCCCUUCACCCUUCAGCCCUUCAGCCCUUCACCCUUCAGACCCUUCAGACCCUUCAGCCCUUCACCCUUCA